AUGGGUUCGCUGAUACUGUUGCACACUCCCCUGGCAACGCCUCGGUUGAUCCCUCCGACAUCGUCAAUCGCGUGAUCGCCCACGCUCCGUAACGUCCCCACUUUCCUACCCCAAUGCAGUCGAUCCAACCCGGGUCUACACCAUUGAAGCAACAAGCGUACAAACAGGGCAAAAGACGCGGUUACAGUAUACUGAUUGCAAGAUCUCGGGUCAUGGUUCGUUCGGCGUCGUCGUGGCGGCUCAGUUGAUAGACGGCGACGUGGGCCGAGUUGCGCUCAAGCGGACCAAGCAGGUGAGCAGCACGGUGGAGUGGAUUCGAUCUUCGUCUAACUUCAAGCUCAUUGCUUGGUUCCCAUCCCACAGGAUCGGAGAUUCAAGGUGGGUUACCGAAUUCUACCUCUCGUCUUACGCCGGCGCUGAACCGUUGUCACUGACACGGUUUUCAUCCCACACAGAACCGAGAACUUCAAAUUAUGAAGAUCACUCGACACCCCAACAUCAUCCGCCUACGUUAUUGGUACUACGAGCCAUCGUGCAAGCCCGAAGAGGUGUACCUCAACCUCGUGCUGGACUACGAGGUCAGCACUACGCACGCCUGGACUCGGGCCCCUCAAUGCAGCUCACUGAAUCUGAGCAUCCUCUUCUUUGCUGUUGCAUCAGCCCGAGACAAUAUUUCGGACGUACCGCAUUUGGACCAAACAGCAACUCCGGUUCCCCGAGUUCCUCAUCAAAGUGCACAGUGAGUCUGCAUUGUUCCAGGUAAACCUAAUUUUAUAGCGACCGUGCGCUUACGAAACGGUGUGCGCACGGGAUUGGCCUCACAGUGUUUCAGGUACAUUAAGGAUGGGUCAUAUAUCAGCCAGCCAUACUUAACUCAACUACUCUUGGCUAUUCACAGCUCUGUCGAGCGGUGUCGUACCUGCACUCCAUGGGAAUUUGUCAUCGAGACCUCAAACCUCAUAACAUUCUUGUCGAGUGAGCAACAGGUCGGUUCGUGGCCAUCACCCACUUCGAAAGUGUAUUAAAUGGCUUAAUAUUGGUAUUACCCAGUCCUCGAACAUGCAAGACCACCCUGAUCGUGAGUCGGGGCCGAGGUAAGAAAUUGAACUCAGUCGGAAUGAGCGCUGACGCCUUGGGAAUUUGCCUCAACAGGAUUUUGGCAGUGCCAAAGUGUUGAGGGAAGGGGAAACCAACGUAUCUUAUACAUGUAGUCGCUACUAUCGAGCUGCGGAGUUGAUCUUUGGGGCUACGAUGUACACGCGUGAGUAAUUUCAACAUUUUGCCGAUCGGGGAUGUUGUUUUCCGUUUCUUUGUACCAACAGACCAGCUCGGAUCGACAUCUUACCUAGAUACCAUUGAUAUGUGGUCGAUUGGAUGCAUCUUCGCGGAGCUUCUUCAAGGCUCCGUCUUCUUUCCGGGCUCGUCUGGUGCGUCGUCCGAUCGUCCUAUAGUCGGUUUUCCUUUGGAGCUGACCUAUUCGACGGUGGAGAAGCACAGGUGUUGAUCAGCUGGUCGAGAUCAUCAAGGUCCUCGGGACCCCGUCACCCGACCAAAUCAAAGCCAUGGUCCCCAACUACCAUGAUCGAGGGUUGCCCCACAUCAAGCCUACACCAUUCAGCAAGGUGAGCGCGAGUUCGCACGCGCGUCGCUAUUGGUACCUGCGCCCCCUGUCAAUCAUAGGUUGCUGACGCUGGCUCUCUGACUUGCCACCCUUUUCCCCAGCUCCUACCCCGAGCUUCACCAGACGCAAUUGACUUGCUGCAGAACCUGAUUGUGUUCGAUCCGUCCCAGCGAUUGAGCGCUGCAGAACUACUGGCACACGCCUUCUUCGACGAGAUCAAGCACCCGGGUCCGAGCGGCACAGGGCCCGUGCUUCCAGGGGGCGAACGCAUGCCGCCGAUGUUCAACUUUUCCCAUCACGGUGAGUGGAGGAACGCGAGAGGGACCGAACCGGCUUUCUCCAGGUCGUAAAGAUAUGGAGCACGAUGACGGGGCGGCGGUGAUCGAUCGUCCUUUCCCUCGUCAGAUCGAUGUGGGGUAAACGGCUCGAUGUCUCACUCGCGCGGCGCGGCGUCACAUGACCGUCCCAUCUCGUCCGCUCGGAAGCGCUAAUAAAGCGAGAUGGCAAUUAGGCGCCACUGCUCUUGGCCUUCGGAGAACCAAUCCGCUCGUGUACGAUAUCGUGAAAGCGACAACUGACCCACACUUCACUCUGUGGUAACCUCUCUUCUAUCCUGCACCUCCUUCACCUCAACCUCGACACCGAUCCCAUCAUCUGGCACCGUUCCCCUAUUACUACCCCGGCGCGCAGAACUUUCCAUCCGGCCCGACCUCGUCAAUCGCAUCAUCCCUGCCCAUGCAAGACGAGAGAUCUACAUCCAACACGGGAUCGAUCUGUCCAAAUCUUGGCAACCCAUCGACUUGCGCACCGUACGAGUCGACGAUAUCAUCGAUUAG